ACAAAAAGAAGGAAGCGUUCGAAGGGGCGGGACAGACAAAAUAUAAAAGAUGUCAACACAGACAACCUCGUUUUCUACUGGAGUCUUUCACUAGAGGCGUGAAAGUAUGAGUACAUUUGCAGGACGAAUGAAAGAGUAUCCAAACAUUUCUUUGGAUCGCUUCGACAACGACAACUUAAACGCGCGGGCAUAUUGUCUGUCGCACUGUCAUAAAGAUCACAUGAGAGGAAUUAAAGCACCAAAGCUGAAAAGAAGGCUUCAGUCCAGCCGCAAAGUCAGACUUUACUGCUCGUUUGUGACCAAAGAGCUCCUGCUGAGCAGUCCCAAGUACCGUUUUUGGGAGAACUUCAUUGUUCCCUUAGAACUGGAAAGCCCAACUCAGAUUUCUCUGGUGGAUGAGGUGUCAGGAGAGAGCGAAGAGAUUGUGGUCACGCUGCUUCCCGCUGGUCACUGUCCGGGCUCAGUCAUGUUCCUGUUUGAAGGUUGCAGAGGGAACGUGUUGUACACUGGAGACUUCCGGUUGGCAGUUGGAGACGUGUCAAGGAUGGAACAUCUGCACUCAGGAAGCAGAGUGAAGGACAUUCAGAGUGUUUAUGUGGACUCCACCUUCUGUGACCCUCGUUUCUACCAGAUUCCUUCUCGGGAGGAGUGUGUGAACGCCAUUGUGCGUCUGGUGGGCGACUGGAUCGCUCAGAGCUGCUACCACAUGGUGUGGUUCAACUGCAAGGCGGCCUACGGCUACGAGUACUUGUUCACCAAGUUAGGAGAAGAGUUCAACACGCAGGUGCACGUCAACAACCUGCUGAUGUUCCGGAGGAUGCCGGAGAUCCUGAGCUACGUGACCACGGACCGCAGGACGCAGAUUCACGCCUGUCGACCCCCUAAGAAUGAGAUGUAUAUCUACGGCAACCGAUUACCGUGCGGCUGCACAGCAUCAGACGGGACGUGUCUUCGCGUGAUGAGCAUCAAACCUUCCACCAUGUGGUUUGGAGAGAGGACUAAGAAGACCAACGUCAUUGUCAAAUCAGGAAGCACUUCCUUCCGAGCCUGUUUCAGCUUCCACUCGUCCUAUUGUGAGAUUAAAGACUUCCUGUCCCACCUCCAGCCUGUCCACGUCUAUCCCAACGUCAUCCCGCUGGGACACACGGUCAGCCAAGUCACGCAGAUGCUCCAGCAGAUGUGCAGGAAGCAGUCAGAGGAGGCGUUCACAUACAAACCACUAGGGGCGCUCAAGCGCAGCGUAGCCGUCAGAACGCUUUGUGAUUCCGACAGCGAUGAUGAGCUCUUUGACGGGAUGGACACGGCGCCAGUGAGGAAGAAGCUAACGCUGAGCCACCACGUUGAAGACGCUCCCAGUCCGCACAACACAGCACCCCCUGCCUCUGAGGAGGACUCAGUGCAUGCGACACUCCUGCCACCCAGCACAAACAUUUACACAAACAACUACAUGGACUGUACUGAGUCCAAUGACGAAGACGAGGACGAGGCGAGCGAUGAGGAAGUUAACACCCAGGCAGAACGUGGCUCAGGUGAGCCCCCCAGGUGGGAGGACUUUUUUACCGUGGAGAGCCUACCGGACAGCCAGAACAGCCUCAACAGCCAAUCAGAGCCCUGCUCCGUCCCAGGCUCCUCCCCCUCCAGGAGGACGGACUCACAGACGCCUGAAGUGUUCAGCGAACAGGAGGAGAGCCCGGAUGACAACUUUAGUCUGGCUCUGUCCGCCUCCUUGUCCAACCAUUCCUCACAGAACCAGGACUCAGAUCCUCCUCGCACCUUCAUCUAUUCGCAGAACGUCAGCGGCUCCCCGGAAGAGUUUCCGGAGUCUCAGGCGUCGUCAGACUUUGACAUUCCCUGCACCCCGGAGUCCAAGAGGCCAUCCCCUGACGAACUGUCUCAACUGUACAGGAAGUUGGCAUCGGGAGAGGAAGUGCUGCUGCAGACAGGAAGUCAGUGUUCUACGUGACAGGAAGUCACAGCUCUGCUUGAGGUAGUGAUUACAAAAUAAUGUUGUCUGUCUAUCUGUGUUGGCCCUGUGACGAGGUGGCGACUUGUCCAGGGUGUACCCCGCCUUCCGCCCGAUUGUAGCUGAGAUAGGCUCCAGCGCCCCCCGCGACCCCGAAGGGAAUAAGCGGUAGAAAAUGGAUGGAUUUGUCUGGAAAUAAAGGAAAAAAACUUCCGCUGACGUGUUCCUGGGAGGACGUCUCUCUCCAACAUGUUUGUGCAUUCAUGUCAUCUUGACCUCUGACCUGGCUUCAGCUGAAUAAUGAGUUGAGCGUGAGCAUCAGCCCGAGUCCCAUAACCGUCGUCGUCGUCCAUGUGGGUUUAUUGGUGGCCCCCGCCGCCUCCACUUGGGGUGACGGGUUGAUGGUCGUCACGGCGAUGCGACGCAGCAGGAAGUCGUGUUUGAGGGCCGAGUUGUGGUCCGGACCGUAUGACACGUUAAAGGUCUCCGUCAAUACACGGUGACCUGGGUAUGUCACCUGACAAAGACAGAGGUCAGAGUUGAAAACGUUGUUUGCGUGUCCACCACUGGAGGGCAGUGUUACCAUGAAGGUGUAAGUUCCUGGCAGCAGCAGUCUGUAGUAUUCUCCAUGUCGGUCCGUCCUAAAGGGACACAUGUUGCGGCGACCUUUGACCUCCACCACAGCGUUCUGCACCGGCACGCCAGAGGCAUCAAACACACGCCCUUUGACCCCUAAAUGCACAUUUUACAGAGCUCACUCAGGACAUUGAGGCGUGCAAUAAAUGAGCUUGGCUACUGACCCAGGUGCACCUGCUGGAUGAAGGCCAGCAGACUCUUCCUGUUGUCCGACCACAGAGCAGGAAGUUGUUUGGCUGGAGGGAACUUGCAGCAGGACACUUCCAAAGUCAGCUCCAGACACUGAGCCCACACGUAGUUGUAGUCCUGCAUCCCACCUGGCAAAUUGACAGCUCAACGUCAAGGGACGGGGCUACUUCUUCACGCAGCACAGAGGGCUUUCAUGCUAAUGCAGGGGUCUCAGACACGCGGCCCGCGAGACGUUAUUUUGCGGCCCGCACCUUAAUAUGAAAAUGUAAUGUUAGUGCGGCCCGCGAGUUUUAUAUGAAUGGCGCUUGACAGCGUCAUACUUGCCAACCCUCACGAUUUUUCCGGGAGACUCCCGAAUUUCAGGGCAACUAUUCUCUCGAAUGUC